AUGAUAAACCUCUCCCCUCCUGGAGGCGGGGCCAGCCCUCUGAGCAGGAUAAAACCCCAAAUGGAGGAGUCUGGCGUGGGCACAGCCUCGGCAUGGCCCUCUGGCUCCUCACUCUCUGCCAGCUCCAUGGCCAACUCUGUGGAUGCCUCGCCAACAGGCCAUGCCAGUGGGUUGGGUCCCCACCGGAGAAAGAGGACUACCUUCAGCAGAGGGCAGCUGCUGGAGCUGGAGCGGGUGUUUGCAGCUCGGCCCUACCCUGACAUUGGCACCCGUGAGCAUCUGGCCCAGCUCACCUGCCUUCCUGAGGCCAAGAUACAGGUGUGGUUCCAGAACCGGCGGGCCAAGAGAAUCAAGAAUAGGAAGCCAGGAGGCCUAAGUCCCAGAUCUGAGCCCCCCCAGAGACCCCGUUCUCUUCCAGAUACCCUCCAGCAGCCCCGGGAGCCCCAAACACUAGGCCAGCUUCCACUCUCCAACAGCAUACCUCGGUGCACCUCAGGGUGUCCACAUGCCUCCUGUCUGGCUCCUGGCUUGGGUCCGGGGCCCGGCCAGGUGGGGGCUAAAGCUGUAGGUCCAUGGGAGUCAGCUGGGACUUCAGGGGUCCACCUUUCUUCAGAGCAAGCUACUCCCCAGACCUCACUGGGCAGCCUGUCUGACCUCAUCUAUGCCUCGGCCAUUGUCACCAACCUGGACCACUCCUAAUCUAGGUCCAGAACUUGCAAACCCUCACCUCUAGCUCCUGUAGCUCACCUGCCCCUUAGGACUGAACACAUGAGAAGUGGAUCCAUGUCCCCUUCUUUUACACAAGGGUGUUCUCUUAUGGGAAGAAAGUUUAGCUAAGGAUCCCUCCCUUCCACUGUCCCCCAGGCCAGCCUAGAUGCGGGUCUUAGGGAGUAGAUGGGGACUGGCUCCUGCUACCCAGCAACCUGCACCUCCUGGGGCAUAUGCCCAUUGUCUUGGCAGGAGGUACCUUCAGAGGGAUGAGGUAUGGGGCCAUGUUUCCCGCCUCUCCUGCUAGGCCUGGUCCACAACUCUUCUCACCCGAGCCAAAGACACCUCACCUCCUCCCUCUAAAGAACGGGCAGCUGCCCCUCACCUUUAGGCCAGCACCUGAUUGUGAUGUGAGCUAGGAGAUGAUCCUAGACUAGACUACAAGGGACAAGGGACCAACCCUCUUAUAGUUCAGACCUCCUACUGACUCUCUCCUGACCUUCUACUACCUGAACAAAUUAAUUAGAACCAUGGAUCUGAAGAUGAAAUGAUUAAUUAAAGUAAUAAAGUAGAAAUAGGAGUUUGGAGCUUACACUCAUUUAAUUUUCAUAAAGAACAGAUUGGCUGCCCUCUGAUCUGGGGCUGUGCGGAGAACCUGACAGGUUUAGGAUGGGGUAGGGUGGUGUGUAAGUGGAGCACUGGGUUUUGGUAUCACCGUCAUCUGUAAUACCAACUAAUCUCCAAAUAAAAGUCAAA